CAAAACUACGUCGUCGGUUGCAUUUUAAUGAUAGAAACAAAAACUUCUCUCAAAUUUCAACUCAAAGUCAAGCGUUCUCCUCUCUCCCUACUCCCUGCGCCGCUCGUUUCUCCCUCUACAUCCACAGACCACAGUCUUUCUUUAUACCUUGCCGUCGCUUCCGUUCUUUACCGUCGCCUCAGCAGCAGUCGUGCUCUUCAAGCGUGCAAGUGCCAGAAUUGUUGAAGUUCCAAUACUAGAAUGGAUGAAGAGCAUAAUUUUUUAGGAGAUAACAGCCUUGAAGAUGUGGGAUGGCUCUGCUCUUUGUCUGAAUCUGAGCUUAAUAUGCUGAUUAGCUUGAAAAUGCUGGUCAUUCAACGUGCUAAAGUAAUUGGUUAUGAGGAACUAGCCACGAAAUUUGAUCUGAAGAUGCUUAGAGCUCUUGCUCUUGUUUUGAUGGAGCAUCUGAAAGGAAACGUUGAAAAGUCAUCUCAUAUCUCAGACUUGGACAAUUCAACUUCUUUCAUGCAUGGUUGCAGUUUAUUGCAGUCUAAACUUAUGGACAUCUUGAGCAUUCAGGAUCUAAAAACACGUAUUGGUAUUGAUGAAAGGAAAAAACCGGUGAAAAGACCACGUGAAGACGAUGCGGUGAAACAGAAGAAAUGAUUGGGACAAACAUAUUAUGCAGCCAAACAAAGGUCCUACGAUGUAAAAUUUGACAGCGAAUCGACUAAUAUUAUUAAUCCUUUUUGGAAUGAAGAAUUUACUUUGUUUCUGCCUUCCUUUAUCUACUGCUGAAAGUUUUGACUGUCUGCUACUCAUCGCCGGGGAGAAUAUUAGCCGUCCCUUGCAGGGUUGGGAUAUUUGAAGCUGUUAAAAGAGGCAGCAAGAACCAAGAGUUUACCUGAGGUUGGAUUUCCAUUGAACUAGUAUUAUAGGAGUUGGCAAUAAAAUACAUUUUAUUAAACAGAGACAGAAAACAGGUAAUUUUUUAUUUUAUUUUUCAGAUAGUCUAUUAGGUUCUUGAUUUUUUAUUUUAAGGAGUGCAUUGGUAAGAAUACAUACCUGAAAUUAGAAAGCUUAUCUUUAGAAAAAAAAAAAAAAAA